AGCGCCUGCCCCUGGGCGAUGCUCCGGCUGCCGGGCGCGCUGUGCUGGCUGGGCGGCUGGGCAGCAGCGCUCUUGCUGGGCUGGCCGGCCGAGGUCGGGGCCGCCUCCGCCAGCCUGCAGCUGCCGCCCUGCCGGGAGGCCGACUACCACUUCGAGUACACCGAGUGUGACAGCAGCGAGUCCAGAUGGAGGGUGGCCAUCCCGAAUCCGGGCGCCGAAUGUUCUGGCUUGCCUGACCCCGUCAAAGGAAAAGAAUGCACUUUCUCUUGCGCUUCUGGUGAAUAUCUGGAGAUGAAGAACCAGGUUUGCAGCAAAUGCGCCGAAGGGACUUACUCGCUGGGAAGCGGGAUCAAAUUCGAUGAGUGGGAUGAGCUGCCGGCAGGAUUCUCUAACGUAGCCACCUACAUGGACUCCGCUCUUGGCUCAGCUGAGAGUAAAGCAGACAGCUGUGCCAAAUCUUCGUGGGCCCCCCGUGGGAAUUACAUCGAGUCCAACAGGGACGACUGCACCGUCUCUCUAAUCUACACCGUCCACCUGAAGAAGCCGGGCUCCGUCUUCUUCGAGUACCAGUACAUUGACAACAACAUCUUCUUCGAGUUCUUUAUUCAAAACGACCAGUGCCAAGAGAUGGACUCCACCAGUGAUAAAUGGGUGAAAUUAACAGAUAACGGAGAAUGGGGUUCUUAUUCUGUAACCCUGAAAUCAGGAACAAAUAUCUUGUACUGGAGAACAACGGGGAUAUUGAUGGGGUCGCAGGUGGUCAAGCCCAUCCUUGUGAAAAACAUCACAAUUGAAGGGGUGGCCUACACGUCUGAAUGUUUUCCCUGCAAGCCGGGCACUUUUAGCAACAAAUCAGGUUCCUCCCUCUGUGAAAUCUGUCCAAGAAACACCUACUCAGAAAAAGGGGCCAAGGAAUGCACCAAGUGUCCAGAAGCCACACAUUAUUCAGAUGAAGGAUCAGGCCGGUGUCUGGAACGCCUGCCCUGCUCCAGCAAGGACUUUUUCCAAAUCCACACUCCGUGUGAUUGGGAAGGAAAAACCCAGAUCAUGUACAAAUGGGUGGAGCCCAAGAUCUGCCAAGAGGAUGUCUCCGAAGCGGCGAAGCUCCCUCCUUCGGGAGAGAAGAAAGGAUGCCCGCCUUGCAACCCUGGUUUCUACAACAACGGCUCGUCUUUCUGCGCUCCGUGCCCAUCGGGGAUGUUUUCUAAUGGAAACCAGGAGUGCCAGGCCUGUCCUGCUGGCACCGAGCCAGUGCUUGGACUGGAAUAUAAGUGGUGGAAUAUGUUGCCUCUCAACAUGAAGACUUCCUGCUUCAACGUUGGGAACUCCAAAUGCGAUGGGAUGAAUGGCUGGGAAGUUGCCGGUGACCACAUCCGGAGCGGGGCAGGAGGCACAGAUAACGACUAUCUCAUUGUGAACCUCCAUGUACCAGGAUUUAAGCCUCCCACGUCCGUAACAGGAGCGAUGGGCUCAGAACUUGGGCGCAUCACUUUCGUCUUUGAGACCAUCUGCUCUGCAGACUGCGUGCUCUAUUUCAUGGUGGACCUCAACAAGAAGAGCACCAAUGUGGUGGAGUCGUGGAGUGGGGCCAAGGGCAAGCAGUCGUACACCCACCUCAUUUCCAAGAAUGCCUCCUUUACAUUCACCUGGGCUUUCCAAAGGACCAAUCAAGGCCAAGAUAACAGGAAGCUGAUCAACGACGUGGCCAAGAUCUACUCGAUCACUGUGAGCAAUGUAGUGGACGGAGUGGCCUCCUCCUGCCGGGCCUGUGCCGUUGGUUUAGAGCAGUCUGGCUCUUCCUGCAUCCCAUGCCCUGUUGGGCACUACAUAGAGAAGAAAACCAACCAGUGUCAAGCGUGCCCUCCCAACACGUACCUCUCUAUCCACCAAGCCUACGGGGAAGGAGCCUGCGUCCCUUGUGGGCCUGGCAGCCAAAGCACCCAGGACCGCUCGGCCUGCUACAAUGACUGCCACUUCUCCUACGUCAGGAACAACCGGAGCCUGGCUUACGAUUUCAGCCGUCUGAGCAGGGUGGGCUCCUUAAUGAAUGGACCGAGCUUCACCGCGAGAGGCACCAAAUUCUUCCAUUUCUUCAACAUCAGCCUGUGUGGGUCCCAAUCUCCCUCCCAACCGCCUAGAAAUCCUUUCAGAAAUAGCUUCCUUUUCUUCUUUGCAGGAGCAACUGUUGAAACGACGCUGGGAAAUGUUAAUAUUAAGCCAGAAAUGUUUGUGCCAUCUGAAACAAAGCUGCCCGAUGUUCAUUUCUAUUACAAGUCUUCAGGUGCUUCAGCCACUUGUGAAAAUGGCCGCAGGUCUGUUGUGACAAUGAGGUGCAACCCCACGAAACUCGGCCAGGGAGAAAUUUCAGUUCCCAGUUCUUGUCCUGCAGGGACCUGUGAUGGGUGUGGAUUCUACUUCUUGUGGGAAAGUGCAGAAGCUUGUCCCAUGUGCACCGAGCAGGACUACCACGAGAUCGAGGGUGCUUGUAAAAAAGGACACCAGGAAACCUUAUACGUCUGGAAUGAACCCAAGUUCUGUAUAAAAGGGGUUUCCUUGCCUGAGAAAAAGAUUAUAAUCUGUGAAACGGUGGAUUUCUGGCUGAAAGUCGGCGCAGGGGUUGGUGCCUUCACAGGAGUCCUGCUCAUUGCCUUAACUUGCUAUUUCUGGAAGAAAAAUCAGAAAUUGGAGUAUAAAUAUUCAAAACUGGUGAUGACGGCCAAUUCCAAGGAGUGUGAGCUUCCGGCUGCCGAUAGCUGUGCUAUCAUGGAAGGAGAAGACAACGAAGAGGAAAUUGUGUAUUCGAAUAAACAGUCCUUGUUAGGAAAACUCAAGUCCCUGGCCACCAAGGAAAAAGAAGACCGCUUCGAAUCUGUCCAGCUGAAAUCCUCCAGAUCUCAAAAUAUAUGAAGGCUCGGUUUUGCCCGUUGUGCCCAAUUUCUAUUUCCAGGGGACCAAUUUUUCAAACUCGUGCUGAGACCACAUCGGAGGAUUGGCUUCCUGGGUGAGAAACGUUGAGCGAUGGGCAAAGGAAGCAACAGAGAAAGAGAAGAAAAGAGAGAGAGAGAGAGAGAGAAAGAGGAGACACUGCCUUAUUGUGAGACUCAGUUGCCAAAAGCAAAGCCAGCCCUUAGCAUCCUACAGCUGUGGCUCAACUCAGGGAAUGAGGAACUAUGGAUGGCGUAGCCCGUUGGGUUGGCUCAGAGGCAGAAAAUCUGCAUGGCGUUUCCUUAAAAUAUACAGUAGCAAGAGAUUGAGAAACCGACAGUUUUCUGCCCUCCCUGCUCCCUUGGUUGCCAUCCUCCGUUCCAAACGUUGCUUCACUCUGUCCUGGGAGAGAAGGUCCUACCUGACGCCAGGUAGAGGCCUACCUGUGCAUUGCUCUGGCAUGGCCGAUGCUGCUUCUCAGUAUCCCUCAAGUUCCCUGCUGUCACCCACGCGAAACUGCUUGAGUUCUUAGAACACGACCAGGCUCCCCCGAUGAGCUGGGAGGUGCCGCGUUGAGUUUUUGUCUUGAAAUCGAAACAUCCCUCAAUGCUUGAAACAGAAGAAAGGUUCCAGUC